AUGGCGACGAAUAACCAUGGCCCUAAGCUUCCAGCCAAGCAACUCGCCAUCUUGGCUGUUGCUCGGUUCGCUGAGCCCUUGGCGAUGACUUCUGUUUUCCCAUACCUCCCGGAGAUGAUCGCCAGCUUUGGGGUCGAAGAGAAUGACGUUGCAAAAUGGGCUGGUACUACCAGUGCGGUUUUCUCGCUCGCUCAGAGCGUGACGGCUGUUUCAUGGGGGAGGGCCUCGGAUCGAUACGGGCGAAAGCCUGUCAUUCUGACCGGAUUGGUAUGCACAAUGACUUGCUUCCUAGUCUGGGGUGUCUCGACAAGUCUUCCGAUGGCGAUUGCCGUCAGAGCAAUCCAAGGCGCUAGCAACGGAAAUGUCGGAAUCAUCAGGACCAUGGUGGCAGAGAUGGUUCCUGAGAGGGAGCUGCAACCAAAAGCCUUCUCAAUAAUGCCACUUGUAUGGAGUAUUGGUUCCAUCUUCGGGCCUGCUUUUGGAGGGUUCUUCGCAAGGCCGGCACAACAAUUUCCGUCUAUCUUCGGCAACAGCGCCUUUUUCAACGCCUACCCAUUCGCCUUGCCCAACAUCCUCGGAUCUAUCAUCUUCCUGAUAUCCUUAACGACUGGUUCUCUGUUCUUGAAAGAAACCCUGGCCAGCAAACGUAACCACCGGGACUGGGGUCUCAUCCUGGGUGAGCGUCUCACCAACACUUUCUCGCAGAAGAGCCCACGCAAGAUCAGACGCUACUCAUUCCAGGAUGAUGAGGCAACGGCCCCCUUGUUGCGAACAGGUAAUACGCCCAAGACAACGAUAUUCGACGGUGCAAAGAACGAGAAGCCACCUAGGCCGUCGAUGAAGGACGUGUUUACCCGACAGUCUGUCAUUAACCUCGUUGCCUAUACUUUCUUGGCUCUACACAGUGUCGCCUAUGACCAGGUGCUACCUGUUUUCCUCAACUACCCCCGAGAGGAACGUGACGUUGCAAGCUUCCGUCUGCCGUUCGUCUUCUCUGGUGGCUUCGGACUGAACUCUGGGAGUAUUGGCACAAUAUUUACCGUCUACGGUAUCGUCUGUGGCUUGAUUCAGUUUCUCCUCUUUCCGCCGCUGUGUUCUUACUUCGGCGUCUUGAACUGCUUCAAGGCCUGCGCCGUGACGUUUCCCAUUGUGUACAUCCUGACCCCCUUCACCACCCUCGUUGAGGACGAUAGCACCCGUAUGGCGGCUCUUCUGUUUGUGAUGAUCAUCAAAGCAUUCUGCGUGAUCAUCGGGUUCCCCUGCACUACAAUUCUCCUGACCAAUAGCGCAACGAGCUUGAAUAUCCUUGGUACCUUGAAUGGUUUCGCGACUACUUUCAGUGCUUUGGGCCGUGCUUCAGGGCCUGCAAUGACUGGUGCUGCUUUCAGUUGGGGUGUUAGAAGAGGUGUUAUUUCGGUACCAUGGUGGUUGUUGGCCAUCAUCGCGACAAUUGGCUGCAUUCCUGCUUGGAUGAUCGUGGAGGGCGAUGGACCAUCAGGGGCUUCGCCGGCGGAUUCACCAACCGAUUCAGAUGCUGAGAGCGAUGAUACAGCUAUUGCAGACAGCACAAAUGCCACAGCGGCCCGAUCCACAGCUAUUGUUUUUGCGGAUGGUUCAGAUGAGCUUGAUGCCCGACGCCAUGACUCCGUCAUCCAUGACCCGACCGGCCGCGACGACCUUCCUCUCGUGGGAAGUAUGAAGAGCGCAAGCGGCAUGGACUAUGCUGGCAUGACAAGACAGGGAAGCAUGUCAAAGAAUAGCGGGCCAAGCUACGGGAGCAUCAGGAAGUAA